UCUUGUGGAAUCUCCCCUGAUCUUGUGUAACUGUUAAGGCUAUAUAAAGCCAUGUACGUAUCCUGUGAAUAUGAAGGGAAAUUCAUAGACUUUCAUGGUAUCAGAGCUUCUACGGUUUUGACCCCUUUCUUUUCUUCUCUUCUAUCUUCUUCCCUCUUCUUCUGUUUCCUUCAUUGGCGCCAUUAAUGGCUGCUGCUAACAAUCAAAACGAACGAUGUUAUGGUGUUACCAACAUCAAAAAUCAGAUUCCAGUGCACCUUGAUGAAAACGAGCAUAACUAUGAUGCUUGGAGAGAGCUCCUCCCUACUCACUGCAUGGCGUUUGAUGUCUCCGGACAUCUCGACGGUUCACUGCAGCCCGCCAAUGCCAAUGAUCACGCCUGGCUUAAACGCGAUGGUCUUGUCAAGCUCUGGCUUUAUGGCACGAUGGCCCAGCCCCUGUUUCGUUCUUCCUUCCAGCCCGGAGGCACUGCCCGUGAUCUCUGGUUACGAGUGGAAAACCAGUUCCGCAACAACAGAGACGCUAGAGCUAUUCAGCUUGAUAACGAGCUCCGCACAAUGGAGAUCGGUGAUAUGACAGUCCCCGAAUACUGUCAAAAGAUGAAGUCCACUGCAAAUCUUCUCUCAAACGUUGGCACACCGGUCAACGACAGAACUCUCGUGAUGUACAUCAUCAAUGGACUCAACGACAAAUUUGAUAACAUCAUCAACGUUAUCAAACACAAGGAUCCCUUCCCAUCUUUUGAUUCUGCGAAAUCGAUGCUAGAGUGGGAGGAGACGCGCCUCAAGAAACCAUCUCGUGCCUCUGCUUCACACGCAGACACUUCCUCCUCCUCCACCGCUCUCACCACCACUUCUUCGCAGCAGCCACAGUUCUCAACACGUCAUCGCAACACAAUCAACGGGGCAAUCGGAGAGGCGGAGGUGGCUUCAACAAACGAGAGCGAGGCAGAUUCUCCUACAACACUUGGAACUCGAAUCCGUAUUGGCCACCACCACCACCACCGCCGUACUGGAUGUCACACUAUCAAGGCUGGCCACAAGCUCCACGGCCUCCUCCUCCAACCACAAGUGCUAAUCUUGUUGAGUACCAACAAAUGGAUGAAGCCUACACCUCGGAAUCUGUUCCUGAUCCCUCUAACGCCGAUUGGUAUAUGGACUCCGGCGCCUCUGCUCACUUAGCCACAAACCCAGGAUCUUCAAAGUCGGAAAGCUCUUCUCCGAUGUGACAGCUCUGGUGAUCUUUAUUCCCUUCCUGCUUCCUUCAAUAAAAUACCAACAGCCUCCACUGCUCUUUUGGCUUCCACACCUGCCUUAUGGCAUAAGAGACUCGGCCAUACCAAUAUGGAUUCUCUCAAGUCUAUUUUUAAAUCGCAUCCUUCUCUUUGUGAUAAAGGAAAAUUUCCUGUUUCCUGUGAACCAUGUUUUUUAGGAAAAUCAAUAAAACUUCCUUUUGUGGCUUCUAAAUCUUUGGUUUCCUCACCGUUUCAAAACAUUCAUUCAGACUUAUGGACAUCUCCAGUUUCAUCAAUCAGUGGUCUUCGUUAUUAUGUUCUCUUUCUUGAUCAAUUCACUCAUUAUCUUUGGGUAUAUCCUCUUCGCCGCAAAAGUGAAGUUUUCUCCAAAUUUCUUCACUUUGCAGCUUAUGUCGAUACUCAAUUCAAUACUAAAAUCAAGAGUUUUCAAUGUGAUAAUGGUGGAGAAUUCAAUAAUUCCGAGUUCCAAAAUUAUUUUGCUUCCCAUGGAAUCAAUGCUCGGUUUUCAUGUCCUCACACUUCCCAGCAAAAUGGAAAAUCAGAGAGGAUCAUUCGCACAAUCAACAACGCCAUUCGAACUCUCUUGUUUCAAGCUCGCUUGCCCGAAACCUUUUGGGUUGAAGCACUUCAUGUUGCAGUUCAUAUUCUUAACAUCAAUCCUUCAAAAGCCAUUCAAAAUCAAAUCCUUCACACUCUUCUCUUUCAUACAGAACCAUCUUAUGAACAUCUUAGGGUUUUCGGCUGUUUGUGCUUCCCAAAUUUGAAUCACUCAAAUCUUCCCAAGCUGUCACCGAGAUCGACUCCCUGUUUGUGUCUCGGCUAUCCCUCUCAACAUCGUGGUUAUCGCUGUAUGGACUUGAAAACAAACAAAAUUAUAAUCUCUCGUCAUGUUUAUUUCGAUGAGGAGAAAUUUCCUGCAGCUGAACAAAAACUACAAAACGAUAAUUAUCGUUUCUUAGAAGUGAUUGACGAACCAUCACCUCUGUUUCAGUCAAUACUUCAAGCUCCUUUCUCCACAACAUCAUCUUAGCCCAU